UAUCCAUAUUUCCUUUCCUUUGUACGUUUCCUUUCACGACACGCACGCGGCUACACCCACCGACGCUCUCAGAUCCCAAACCAAAUCCUCAUUAAUAUAUAUACUUGUUAAACCGUCGUAAUCCCAAUUUCAACUCCGAUUAUAUCAAACAAAGGAAGAAUCACAACUACAACUGUCACAGAUCUGAGCAUUUCGAUUCAGAUCUCCGAUCAAUGGCUUCCGGUUCUUCCUCCUCUUUCCUCCUCCUCAUCCUCGUCGCCUUCAUCUCCAUCGCCACCGCGGAAAUUCGUUUCACCGAGAUCCGAUCCGACCCCCGACCAAUCAUCCCCUUCGAUGAAUUCGGUUUCACUCACAAUGGCAGACUCGAACUCAACGUUUCCAAACUAUCGUUCUCCACAGCAGACCCUGACCUCUCCAAAUUAGGUUUUUUUCUCUGCACGCGUGAUUCAUGGCUUCAGGUUCUCCAACAGAUCGAAGAUGCGGAGAUAGCGUGUGCGCUUCAAUCCAAUAUUAUUAAAGAAGUUUACAAUUUGAAUUCGAUAGCGAAAGAUGCGAAAGGUUUUGAUCAUUAUUAUCUCCAAUCGGAUGCCGAUCAGUAUACUCUUGUGUUUGCUAACUGUCUUCCUCAGCUUAAGAUCUCAAUGGACGUCCGAUCUGCUAUGUACAAUCUCGAUGGCAAGUCCAACACUCGCGAUUACCUUUCUGCUGGAAUUACCGUUCUCCCAAGGGUUUAUUUCUUGUUCUCCCUCAUUUACAUUACUAUGGCAGCAGCUUGGGUUUACUUUCUGUACAAAAAACGUCUUACUGUGUUCGGAAUCCAUUUCUUUAUGCUUGCUGUUGUGGUCCUGAAAGCAUUAAACUUGGUAUGUGAAGCCGAAGAUAAAUCCUAUAUCAAGCGUACUGGUAGCGCCCAUGGAUGGGAUGUUCUGUUCUACAUUUUCAGCUUCCUGAAAGGAAUCACAUUGUUCACAUUAAUUGUGUUAAUUGGAACUGGAUGGUCGUUCCUGAAACCCUAUCUCCAAGACAAAGAAAAGAAGGUGUUAAUGAUUGUGAUCCCACUUCAAGUCGUCGCCAACAUCGCUCAAGUCGUGAUCGAUGAAUCAGGGCCAUAUGGACAAGAUUGGGUGACAUGGAAGCAGGUUUUUCUACUAGUCGAUGUUGUCUGUUGUUGUGCUGUUCUAUUCCCCAUUGUUUGGUCAAUCAAGAACUUAAGAGAAGCAGCUAGAACAGAUGGAAAAGCAGCUGUUAAUCUGAUGAAAUUAACCCUCUUCAGACAAUAUUAUGUUGUGGUUAUCUGCUACAUUUACUUCACAAGAGUUGUGGUGUAUGCAUUGGAGACUAUCACUUCGUAUAAGUAUUUGUGGACUAGUGUAGUAGCUGCUGAGUUAGCCACUCUUGCUUUUUACGUUUUCACUGGGUACAAUUUCAAACCAGAAGCUCAUAAUCCUUACUUUGCUGUUGAUGAUGAUGAUGAAGAAGCUGCAUCAGAGCAAUUGAAACUUGAAGAUGAAUUUGAACUUUGAUCUGCCUUUCUUCUUCUUCUUCUUCUUCUUCUUCUUCCAGGUUUGUUUAGGAAUGUCGAAUACAAAUGUUGAAAUCUGUUUCUAUACUAUUACAAUUACAACUAUUCUUGGUGUAUGAUGAUGUAUCUGAUACAAUGAUACAGUUUUGUAAGUAGUCUUUAUUUGUCAUGUUCUUUGUUCUAUUCAUAAUACAUCACUCGUUAUUGUUUUGUGUUGUA